AUGUCAUCAGGGAGAUCCGAGGCCAGGAUACCCGCGAUGCCACGUUCAUGCUCAAGGAACAGUCAGGGGCGGACCUCUCAAGGCGGUGCUGUCCGUGGGGCCGGCUCUUGAGACGAAGGGACCCGGCUGGUACCUGCUGGGGGCGGAGCUUCGGUCUGGGGCGUUUCUAGAAGCAGGGAUCAGUGAGGAGCUAGAUGUGGGACUGAGCGCUAGGUCUGUAAGGUAAAGGCAAAAGCAGGUACCGGCGUUGAGGAUGUGACGAAGGGACCUGGAAGGAGCUGAAGAUCCCGGAUGUUCUUCACUUAGGCCAGGGCUGGAAGGCAGGAAGGGGGUUGGCGGGCGGGGGGUGGGGCAAGCAUGAGGCGGAGCUAGGGGCUGGACUGGCGCUUACAGCUGGGCCGAGGACUCCACCAAGCUGAGGUGCAACGUUGAACUCUGCGAGGUAGAGUCCUGUGGAAGAACUCGGCUGACAGCGAUGUGGGUCAGAACGACACUAACGAUUAAAAGAUGGACUGAGGAAAAGACUGGCUGCAAAACUGACAUUUGGGAAGAGAACCAGAGCAACGAUAUAAGCAGGUUGCCCAGCUGGAAGAGAGGACGUAUGGCUGGUAUGGAGUCCAGCGGUGAUGGUGAUAUGUCUUCCUUCUCCUGUGAAGGUGACAGAUGUUGCUGGAAACACCAGCAGUGUGCGGGGCACAUCAUCCACCCCUUCUCGGACUGUGGCCAUCACAACCGGCACAUACACACCAUCAGCCCCUGCGACUGUGAAUUUAGGCUGAAGGACUGCUCAGAGAAGACAAAAAAUGGCAGCUCCCGAGAUGUAGGCCCGACCUGCUCCAGAGAUGAGGGCUCAAACUGCUUCAACAUCAUCCAUGCCCCUUGCUUUGAAUUCAUCCCAGAGGAGGAGUGUGUGGAGCGGAUCUGGUACAGCUGGUGCGAAAGCUACAAGCCCAUCUCUGUGGCAGUAAUCCACCAUCCCAUCCACCCCGACUGUAGAGCAAAUGACCUAAAUGAGGAUGAGGAUUAUGAAGAGGAAGAGACCCUGCUUCCUACCCCAACUCAGCUGUGUCCUGUACCUACCAACCCGGACAUCCGGCCUGUUGCCACACCUCCUAACCAAGACACCGGGUCAGUCUCUGGGGCCCCCGACUCAGCAGCGCCCAUCACCAUCUGGCGUUCUGAGAGCCCCACAAAGUGUCAUGAGAGCAAGGUCAUCCAGAAGAUAAAGAAAAAGGAGAAGGAGAAAGAAAAGGAAAAAGAGAAAGAGAAAGAAAAAGAAAAAGAGAAAGAGAAGGACAAGGAGGAUGAGAUGGUGGUUGAGAAGGUAGAGGUGAAGAAAAAAACCAAGAAGGGCAAGUUAAUUAAGAAGAAAUGCCCAGUGAAGUCAGAGUCUUCCCCUCCAGACCUGAGCACAUCACUGAGCCCAAGAGAUCUAGCCAGGACAUCAGAAUCCAGCCCUGAAAGCAGGGAAGAGCUGGGGAGCGAGGACAGUUAUGAUCGGGUUAAAGAGGGGCCCUCCAGUGAAGAGAUUGUAGAGGCAUCAUCAUCGCCCAGGAAGAGAGAGAAGAGCACUGCCAAAAAGAGUGGGACAAAGACCUUACAAACACGGAAAAUAACCAAGAGAAAAUCUCCCCCAGCGUUCAACCCCAAUCUCAGUUGAGGCCUGGGCAACCAGAGUUAAAUAAAUCAAGCCUGUAACU